GUGUGGCGCAGCCUCGCGCUUGGACUUGCAACCCGGGCGCCGGGGACGGGGCUGGGGACUCAGCCGAUCCAGCGCAGUCUUUGAGGAUAAUACUGCAAUGUAAUGGGACAAAGAUAGUGAAUUCAAGAAUGAUGCUGAGUCAAAUGGAUUAUCUAUUGGGAUAAAAUGUAUCAUGACCCCUACCUCACACCAUGAGCAAAAAUAAUUUCCUGAUGGAUUAGCAGAAUUAACUAUGCAAGGAAGAAAUGUCUUCUGUAAAAAGAAGUCCAAACCAAGAAAUUAUAUCCCAAUUUCACUAUUCAGCUGCAGAAGGAGAUAUUGCCAGGUUAACAGUAAUGCUCAGUCAUUCUCCAUCUCUUCUCAAUGAAACUUCUGAAAAUGGCUGGACUGCUUUAAUGUAUGCUGCAAGGAAUGGGCACCCAGAUGUUGUCCAGUUUCUACUUGAGAAAGGGUGUGACAGAUCCAUUAUCAAUAAAUCAAGGCAGACUGCACUGGAUAUUGCUAAAUUUUGGGGUUAUAAGCAUAUAACUAACUUACUAGCUAAUGCUAAAGGUGGGAAGAAGCCUUGGUUCCUAACCAGUGAAAUGGAAGAAUGUGAAAAUUAUUUUAGCAAGACACUACUGGACCGGAAAAGUGAAAAAAGAAAUAAUUCUGACUGGCUGUUAGCAAAAGAAAGCCAUCCAGCCACAGUUUAUAUCCUUUUCUCAGAUUUAAAUCCCUUGGUUACUCUAGGUGGCAAUAAAGAAAGUUUCCAACAGCCGGAAGUCAGGCUUUGUCAGCUGAACUACACAGAUAUAAAGGAUUAUUUGGCUCAGCCUGAGAAGAUCACCUUGAUUUUCCUUGGAGUAGAACUUGAAAUGAAAAAAGAGUUAUUUAAUUAUGCUGGGGAAGUCUCACAAGAAAAAGAUGCGUUGGUUGCCUGGUUUGCUUUAGGUAUAGAUCCUGUUGCUGCUGAAGAAUUUAAGCAAAGACAUGAAAAUUGCUAUUUUCUUCAUCCUCCUAUGCCAGCUCUUCUGCAAUUGAAAGAAAAAGAAGCUGGGGUUGUAGCUCAAGCAAGAUCUGUCCUCGCCUGGCACAGUCGAUAUAAGUUCUGUCCAACCUGUGGAAGUGCAACUAAAAUUGAAGAAGGUGGCUAUAAAAGAGUAUGCUUAAAAGAAGACUGUCCUAGCCUUCAUGGUGUUCACAACACAUCAUACCCAAGAGUUGAUCCAGUAGUAAUCAUGCAAGUUAUUCAUCCAGAUGGGACCAAAUGUCUUUUAGGCAGGCAGAAAAGAUUUCCUCCAGGCAUGUUUACCUGCCUUGCUGGAUUUAUUGAACCUGGGGAGACAAUAGAAGAUGCUGUUCGGAGAGAAGUAGAAGAAGAAAGUGGAGUCAAAGUUGGCCAUGUUCAGUAUGUCUCUUGUCAACCAUGGCCUAUGCCCUCCUCCUUAAUGAUUGGUUGCUUAGCUGUGGCAGUGUCUACAGAAAUUAAAGUUGACAAGAAUGAAAUAGAGGAUGCCCGCUGGUUCACUAGAGAACAGGUUGUGGAUGUUCUGACCAAAGGGAAGCAGCAGGCAUUCUUUGUGCCACCAAGCCGAGCUAUUGCACAUCAACUAAUCAAACACUGGAUUGGAAUGAACCCCAAUCUCUAAAUCAAAUAACUAAACUUUGACUAUGUCUAA